UAUUUAAGCGCUAUAUAAUCCACAUGCACAUCGAAUUGGUUUGUAGUAUUCACAAGUGUCGAAUUAAUUAUACUUCGUUGUACAACCAUUGAAUUAAUCGAUCAAUACGGCACAUGGCGGAUUCGUGUUAAUAAUGAUACAGUGAAAAAUUUGCUGAUUGUUCCUACACAGUUAUUCAGAUUGUGAGCUUAUUGAAAUUUACUCACACCAUUAUUGUUGAUCAAAUCACCUAAACCAUGGAAAAAUCAGCAUUAGCACAAGAGAAGGUAUGGUUUGACAAACCAUCCUAUGAUAAGGCAGAACGGCUAUAUUUUGAAAGAAUGGCUAAGGUGGUGUCUCAUAAGAUUAUGGUAAGCUGCUCGCUUAAAUCUGAAGUUUCUGUAACUAAUAAUUAUAAGGAUAAUUCCUUUUUGGAUAAUAACUCUCUAACUAAAAACAAGUCUGAAAAAUCUAAAGAUAUUAAGUCAUUGAUGUCUGAGAAUAUUACAAAUGCUAUAAAAAACACUAAGUGUCAAGUAAAAGCUCCAAAGGCACAUAAAGAUGUUGAUGAAUUGAAUAUACAAAAGAAAGAAAAUGUAGCAGAAAAACAAAAAUGUAACAAUGCUGAAAAUGUUCCGAAAGAAAAAACGAAGAUUAAUUUUUCAAAUGAUGCAUCUGAGAAUUAUAAUACAAAAGAGGUAAAAGAGAAAAAGAACAAAGCAGAUACACGACAUAGAAAUAAGAAACAGAAAGAUGAUACUAAAAAAGUAGAAGAAAGUGUUACUCCAUUAAUAAGGAAUAAGCAGCAGGGAAAUCAACAAACCACUAGUCCAAUUCUAUUUGCUGGUGGAAGUUUAGCCAAUGAGGUUGCCAAGGCUCGUCAACAUAUUAAACAGUCUUUACAGUGUGUGGAUGAUAUUACAACUGUUGUCGAUUUUACUACUCCAAAUGAGAACAAAAAGGAUGUUAUAAAUUUUAGUGUCUUCCAAGAAUUAAAAAAUGUUGUUGAAAACUUGGGAGAACGAGUCAAAUAUCUUGAAGACAAGAUCCAACCUCUUCUAGCUGCUGCUGCUCCAGUAGCAGUUUGUCCUGCUAAACCUCAACCAGUUUCGAAACCAGCAGAAGGAAAAACUGACGAUGACGGCGAUGUUGAUCUUUUUGGUUCAGAUUCAGAGGGAGAAGAUGCAGAUGCUGCAAAACUUAGAGAAGAAAGAUUGGCUGCAUAUGCCGCGAAAAUAGCUAAAAAACCAGCCCCGAUCGCUAAGUCAAACAUCAUAUUGGACGUAAAACCGUGGGACGAUGAAACAGAUAUGAAAGCUAUGGAAGAGAUGGUCCGAAAGAUCGAGGUCAACGGUCUAUUGUGGGGAGCGUCGAAACUUGUUCCACUUGCCUUUGGAAUUCACAAACUUCAGAUUUCGUGUGUCGUAGAUGACGAUAAAGUUUCCGUAGAUUGGCUUACAGAACAGAUUCUGGAAAUCGAGGAUUAUGUACAAAGCGUAGAUAUUGCAGCCUUUAAUAAAGUAUAAAAUACAAACGAAGGUUCCUUCGUAGAAAAAUAUAUGACGGUUCUAAUUGCAAUCAGGCAUUUGUCUGUUGUGCCAUCUUUUCAUUCCACUAGCAAUAUCUACUUUGAUAAAUACAUUAUAUACGUGUUCUAUAUCAGAUGCGAUUGUCCAAAAAUAAGGAACCUAACUAUCACUCCAAUUUUAAUAUUCGAUGUGUCAAUUUAUCAAAUCCUUUUUAAAAAAAUACUGAAGUAAAUUUAUAAACUGUGGUUGUACUAUCAAUGUAUUCUUCCCGAAGAAAAGAUGUAAACCGUAAAUGUUUUAAACGUAAUUUAAUGUAUGAAAUUGUUACAUUAAAU